CACAACGUCAACCACAACGCCCAAUAUUCACAAUCUGUAUCCUUUGGCAUCGCGAGUAGUUGCUUUGCAAUUGGCAACUUGUACUCAGCCCCACUGCGCUGGUCGCGCGACAUAUGCGCCCCCUUCAAGCCACCCGCUCGUUUCCAUUGAUCGCGCCAAGACAUUCGACUUCGAAGCUCAUUUCCCAACUUCACUGUCGACACAGCUCCAUUGGACUGUCACUACUUAGCCAGAAUUUCACGCAAAGCUUCACAUCGCCUCCUCUUGUUUACCUACUGCUUCUGUGCGCCGUCCAGUCGUCCCCGCGCCGCUGCCGCUGCCGCCAUAGCAAACCAGCGCUUCGCGACCUCCGCUCCUGCGACUGAACUGGGAGUCCGAAUCUCUCAUUCACCCUCGCUUUUGAACCAGCCGUUACACUCUUCCUUCUAUCGCGAACCCCACGGUGCCUCGAUAUGGCGUCCGAAUCGCAUGCUCCUUUGGAGCUCAACCGAAACCGAUUCCCCAAUCUGUUCGAGGUCCUGAGUCGCAAGACAGUCGCUCCCCUAGACCUUUUCUCCUUCUAUAUCUACAUGCGAGACCAGCAGCGAUCGGUAGACUACCUGGACUUCUGGCUUGACGUGUCGCAACAUCUCCAACUAUGUCGUUUGUACGUCCGACGCCUGCACCGGUCGGUGAUCGAAGACACACCGGAAAUAGAGAAGAACAGCAAGCGGUCAUCAUACAUUUUAGAUAAUGCUGGAGAGGGUCCGUCCGGUGAGAAGGGGAACGUUUCUGACCAGAGACUUUCUGCUUUUCUGCGGUCCGAUCAGGGCAGUCGGCAGCAUUCCCCGCAGAAUAGCCAUGGUAGCAAUCGCUCGACACACUCAACGCCAGGCCGUGAGCGACCUCCCCGACCAAGCUUCAUGGACAACAAUUCACCGGGCGGCGACUCCAGCUCACCAGGCCAGAAUUCAUCUGCCGAGAAUGUUCCGAAGCGCGAGGAUUUGCGUGCUUCAGCCGAGAAAAUCCUGUAUACUUAUCUUCUGCCAGGAUCAGAACGGGAAAUAAUCAUACCCCAAAGCAUCCUCCAUGACGUGCAGGAGGCUAUCGAGGGCCCUGACCAGCGUAGCGACCCGGAGCUGUUCGAUGCUGCUAAAGACUACGUCUUCCAAGCCAUGGAGCGUGACGCUUUCCCGGGGUUUCUCCAGAGCAAAGGACUCGGUAAUCUUGUUCCUCAGAGUAUGAUGAUGCGUCUGAUCAUUGGUCUCAUCAGCUUCUUCGCAGCUGUUUGGACGGCAUUCAUUCUCAUCUUCCUCAACAAGUCUCGGGCAACUAGGUGCUGGCUUAUCCUCCCGUUCACGGUUGCGAUUUACUUCAUCUUCACGCACCAGUACAUGCUGGAUCCCAUCUUUGCCUUGCUUGGCUUCAGCGAGUAUACCUGGAUGGACUUCAACAAAAUUCGAGAGCCGUUCGUCAAGAAGACGCUUCGCAAACGAUCGUUCAUCAUCCUCUCGAUGUUUCUUCUCGCUGACGCAGCUACCUGCUGUCUGUUCAUCUUUGUGCCUGGGAAACGUCUCUGAAGGUAACAAGGUGUUGCCACAUCCAAAGCUCUUUAUUUAAUGUCCAACUGCACUUGGAGGAGAUGGAGUUAUGGACAAAUUUAUUUAGGCUGAGCUCCGCUGCCUCCCAAUGGAAUGCAUGUUCAAUGCUUCAAGGUGUGUGGUUUUGCGUCACAUUUCCCUUAUCUGCCAAUCUGCCUGCCCGCCUACCCACCUGCCCACCCACCUGCCCACCUGAUCCUUCCCAUUAUAUGUACUGUCGAUUUCGUGACAUGGAUUGUGGAAUGGAAGGGGAUGGAGUUUUUUCAGAGGAACUGGAAUUCAAGGUUAAGAAACAAGAACAAGGGGGUUUGUUUAAGGGGUAGCUGGCUCUUUUGUUGGAUUCAUUACAUGACUUGGCAGCUUUCUGAGCGAGUCGUUUUGGAAUUCCCCCGGUCUGCACAAUAGCG